CCAGACAUGGAUGUAGUGACCUAUGAGGAUGUGCAUGUGAACUUCACCCAGGAAGAGUGGGCUUUGCUGGACCCUUCUCAGAAGAGGCUUUACAAAGUUGUGAUGCUGGAGACAUAUAAGAAUCUCUCUGCUAUAGGCUACAUUUGGGAAGACCAUACAAUUGAACAGCAUUUUCAAAGUUCCCGAAGUCAUGGAAGGCAUAAAAGACAUCGAACUGGAGAGCAACCCUCUGAGUUGAUUCAACAUGGUAAAGUCUUUGCGUAUCAAUCCUUUGCACGAAGAAGUGAUCUGAAAUAUCAUAAAAGAACACAUACAGGGGAGAAACCCUAUGAAUGUACUGAAUGUGGUAAAGCCUUUGUACAAAGCAGUUAUCUCCAAAAACAUAAACGAACACAUACAGGAGAGAAACCCUAUGAAUGUAACCAUUGUGGUAAAGCUUUUUCUUAUAGCAACGUUCUCCAAAUACAUAAACGAACACAUACAGGAGAGAAACCCUACGAAUGUAACCAUUGUGGUAAAGCAUUUACAGCAAGGGCUGGUCUCCAGUAUCAUAUAAGAACACAUACAGGAGAGAAACCCUAUGGAUGUAUUCAAUGUGGUAAAGCCUUUGCACGAAGCAGUGAUCUCCAGUAUCAUAGAAGAACACAUACAGGAGAGAAACCCUAUGAAUGUAAUCAGUGUGGUAAAGCCUUUGCACAAAGCAGUAGUCUCCGAAUACAUAAACGAACACAUACAGGAGAGAAACCCUAUGAAUGUACUCAAUGUGGUAAAGUUUUUUCACAUAGAAAUGUUCUUCAAAUACAUGAACGAAAACAUACAGAAUGGAAACCCUAUGAAUGUAAUCAAUGUGGUAAAGCCUUUGCACAAAGUAGUGAUCUCCAAAUGCAUAAACGAACACAUGUAGGAGAGAAACCUUAUGAAUAUAUGUAA